AUGGACAUUCCACUUUUGCCCCUCAAUGAUGGCAACCAGAUACCGAUGGUGAGCUCCGUCCUCGUGGACCUGAUCAAAACGGCUAUUGACAAAGGGUUCUACCAUCUCGACUGCGCUGAAAUGUACGGGAACGAAGAGGAAGUCGGCCGCGCCAUUCAAGAAUCUGGCAUCCCGCGUGAAAAGCUCUUCAUCACCAAUAAGGUCUCCCAAGGCACCGGCAAUAUCCGUGCGGCGAUUGAAGAGAGUCUGAAGAAAAUGCAGAUCGGCUAUUUCGACCUGUGUGUUAUUCUACCUGAUAGCAAGCUUCCCUCCUACAUCUACAGAACGAAACCCGUCGCCCCCGGACCAGCGACAGCCUUCCAACCACCGAAGGAGGUGACCCCCUCAGGCCCAAAAACGGGAGAGGUUACGGUCCUCCCCUUCACCCCCAAGAAGAAAAGACGCUUCGGAGAAGCCCUCGGCGCGGACAAAAUGCCCUCGCCCAGUUUCAACAGAGCAAGACCGAGCGCAGCGGCGACGGCGACCGCGGCGCAGACAGCCUCGAGAGGCCUCAUCGCCUCCAUCUUCAGCGGUGCAAAGGAAGCCACCGACCCAAACAAAGAGGGGAAAUCCCUCACCAGGAACAAAAUCAUGAACCAAAUCAACGAAAUCAACGCACAACAGCGGGCCAGACAAGACGUGGUAUUGAACAUAGCUAUGGCUAUCGACUCCUGCCUGGCGCAAUACACCUCCCAGCUCUCCUCAGCGGUGGCAGAACAAGUCCGCUCAUGCCUGAACACCGCUCUCGAAAACUUCGUCGCCUCCCACAUCAACCCUGAGGGGAGGCCCAAAGACCCUGAGAAAUUGGGCAGCAAAGAAAGAGCUGCCCAACCAACUAAGACAACGUCAGCCAACACAUCUCACAACAAGAAGGACAAAUCAGACGCCGCCAGGACCCCCACUACAGCGGGAGCUCCCGCGUCCACUGGAAAAGCGGGCCAGAAGGACCCCAGGGUCACGUGGGCACAGAUCGCGUCACGAGAAAACACUCACAACAAAAACCCUCAGAAGGGAAUCGACAACCCAAAGCAUUCCUCCAUAGGCGGCAGAGGGCCGGCCCCCGCUACCAACGGAAAGAACACAGACAAAACCAACAAACCUAAGGAAAGCCCCGAUGACCGCAUCUUCAUCCGAGUCCCCCCAGACCACGCAUGGAGAAAGCUGUCGGCCAUCGGGGCUAGACAAGAACUGAUCAGGAUCUCGAAGCUCACAAACGAGGAUAUCACUCACUUCCAAGAGGUCCGAUCAGGCUUUGCCCUCAGAGGCAAGACUCAAGACAUCAAAAACAAAAUCAUCGCGCUCCAGCCGGUGGCAGAGAACGACGGUCUAAAAAUUGAAGAAGCAUGCUCGUGGAAGGUUUUUCUCGUACGCGGCGUGUCGAAGACGUACACCGACAUGAGCGGGACCCACCCCACAGACGCGCUAAUCCCGGAGGAGGCACGCGCCAGGGCAGGGGCCAAGAGCCUACCCGUCUCCUGCCGCAAAGCCAACUUCGGAGAAUCCCUCGACACGUGUAGCUACUUCAUCUCUUUUAAUGAGGACGUCAAACCCGGCUUCAAACUUUUCAGCAGCUCCCUCCCGGCGGAAAUCCGGGUCCAGCCCCCUCGGGUCACCCAGUGCCUGCGGUGCUUUGGAUUCCACAACCCACGGAAUUGCACCAGGACUGAAAGGUGCCACAAAUGCGGCAAACCGUCUUUCAGACACAAUGACACCACGGCUAACUGCUCGUCCCCGCCUCAGUGUGCCAACUGCAACGGCCCUCACACGGCGGACUCCCUGAAGUGCCCCGCCAGACCGGUCGUCAGGAACGGGGAAAAAGUACAGACAACCAAAGCCCAACUCCAGGCAAUCCGGGAAUUGGGCCAGCAGGAAUACAACAAAGCCAACCCACCCAAACCCAAACCCGCCCCCGCCCCGGCCCCCAAUGUCGAGAAAACGUCUAACCCGGAGACCCGAACGGGCCCCCGCAUAAGGCUGCCAAUCUCCAGCUCGGCUCCACCCUUCCCCCCUCAGGCUCCGGCCAAAAAGGUCAUCGUUGAAGUCGACUCGGACGAGGAAGAUCCCCACGAGGGAACCUCCCCCGCCAGCCGCCGAAGAAACACUGGCCUCAAAAUCUUCCAAGCCAACGUCGGGAGGAGCGGUCCACACCAGGACAUCGCCCUAUCGCUGGCAUGGGAAGGUGGCUACGACAUUGUGCUGAUCCAGGAACCCUACGCCCAAUGGGACAGGGUAUCGAACAGAAGGCAAACCAAGAAUCACCCUGGAUAUCAAGCAUACAACCCCCUGAACAGUUGGAGGGACGCCAGACCCUCAGUUCUCACAUUCGUUAGAAUCUCUCCGAACCUCCCCAGCAAACAACUCUCUCCCCCAGGCCUGGAGGACGGAUGCGUAUGCUGGAUAGAGGUAUGCGGUUACACCAUCGUCAACGUCUACCGAAGGGCUUCGGCAGACUCAGCCACAGAGACCCUCACUAAAUGGGGCCCUCCCCCCCCCCGCUCAAUCAUCGCAGGCGACUUCAACGCCUCACACCAACUUUGGGAACCGGGCAGGGGCGCGGACCCAGCAGGCAACAAAAUCGCGGAAUGGGCGGAGAAGCACGAUCUCCUCCCAGCUCUAAUGGACACGCCCACCCGACACUCGGGAAAGUGCAUCGACCUGGUCUUCACAAACUGCCCUGCGUCAACCAGGGUCGAACACUCCCUCAACACAGGGUCGGACCACUACACAGUGAUCACGAACCUGCCCGAGCCCCUCAGGACAACCCCGGGGGCAGGGAAAAAAUACGUCCCGAUGGAAUGCUGGGAAGACUUCGGCCAACUCAUGCGCUCCUUCGCCUGGACCCUCCCCACGGUCGAUCUGACCACGCCGUCAGAAACCAACCUGGACGAGUGCGCCAGGGCCCUGCAGGACCUCUUCAAACAAGUCAUAGAGGCGGCCGGUAAGACCAGGCACCAGAACGGCCACAGCGCACCGUGGUGGUCGGAGAAAUGCAAAGCAGCCCACAGGGCCUACAAAGAAGCGGCAGACGGCUCCCCUGCCCAUGAAGGAGCCCGCAAGACCCUCAGAGACUCCAUACGCCGCAGCAAGCGAGCUCACUGGGACGAGAUCAUAGCGGAAGCCAGCGCCACUAGGAACAUUUGGUCAGUGGCCAAGUGGCGCAAGGCGACGGACCGCUUUCAACCGCCCCCCCUGAUAGACGGGGACAAAAGCAUCUCAGACCCCACGGAGAGAGCGACUUUCCUCAGAGACAAACUUCUCAAGCGAAAGACAACAGAGGAGGACAUCUCAGACCCAUGGGAAGAGGACUUUCCCGUCAACAAGAACAUCCACUGGGACCAAACAGUGUCGGAGCCGGAGGCCAAGAAAGCUACAACGGGGUCAGGAAACACCGCGCCCGGCGCGGACGGCAUAUCAGUCGCCCUUCUACAGCUCGCCUGGCCCGCCAUCGGCGAGUACGUAACCAACCUCUUCCGCGGAUGCCUGAUGAUAGGAUACCACCCACUCCCCUUCCGGAGCGCGGAGAUCACCAUCAUCCCCAAACCUGGGAAGCCGGAGAAGGCGUACACUACGCACAAAGGCUAUAGACCCAUCUCCUUGCUCUCCUGUAUAGGCAAAGGCCUCGAGAGACUCCUAGCUAGAAGAGUCUCCCUCCUAGCGAUGGAACACAAAAUACUGCCAGAACAAUAUUUCGGGGCUCUCCCAAAAAGGUCCGCGACAGACCUGGUCGCCUGCUUGCUACACGACGCCGAAGUCGCCCUGGCCCAGGGUCUCGUCGUCUCCCUCCUUACACUCGAUAUCUCCGGCGCGUUCGACAUCGUCAUGCGCAACCGCCUGGUGUACAGACUCAGGGAACAAGGGUGGCCCCCCCUCUUUGUGAAAUGGGUCGACUCCUUCAUGAGUGACCGCAAGGCUCUUGUUCGAAACGGCUACGGGACCACCCUCCCGGAGACGGAGCUGGAAUGCGGAGCCCCACAGGGGUCCCCCAUCUCCCCCAUCGUCUCCAUGCUCUAUUUUUCCCCCAGCCUGAAGCUCAAUGACCCCAACACCCGCUUCGGGUACGCGGACGACAUUGGCAUCAUGGCAGUGGGGGCCGACACCAAAGAAACCGCCCAGAAGCUCCAGUGGGAAUUGGAAGACACUCUAAACUGGGGUGACAGGAACGCGGUCUCCUUCGACCCGGACAAGGCCGAACUCAUACACUUCUACAGGACCAGAACCCAAGCACACGACGAGGGAGUGGACUUCAGAGGAAAGAUCAUAGCCCCCCAGGACUCGGUCCGGUGGUUAGGGAUACACCUGGACUCGCGGCUCUCCUUCAAAAAACACCUCGGGAUCAUGAAGGGAAAAGCCCUCAAAGCGGCCAAUUUCCUAAGAUCUCUGAACAAGACACAAAAAGGAUCCCCGCCAGACGCGGUGGCCAUGGCAGCCAAGGCCUGCGUCGCCCCUGUAGCCCUAUACGGGACGGAGGCCUUUUGGCCCGGCGAGAGCAGACAGAGCGCGACGAACCCGAACAGACAAGUGGGAACAGGCUCGACGGGACUAACCGCGAUCCUGGAACCCCCAUUCAAAGCAGCAGCCAGAGCAGUCGUCCCCGUGUGGAAGACGACUAACCUCUCCGUCAUACACAGAGAAUCGGGAGUCCCCCCGGCGUCAGUAUGGGUGGCACAGGCCAGACUCCGCACAGCGGCUCGCUUCGCGGGUCUGGACAGGAACCACCCGAUCAGCAGACGCAUCGACAAGAAACUCCCCCCCAGGGUUCCCCCCACCCGACUGCAACGCACCGCAGCCCUAGUAGGGAAAACAGUCCGACCCUCCCUGUUCGCCAAGAACAACGGAGCGGUCCGAGCAGGCCCGGACUUCAGAGGCCUACCGAAGUCAGAGGCAGCGGAGAAACACCUAGAACUACUCGACGGCCUCCCCAGGUCCACCCUCCUUGCUUACUCGGACGGGUCACAGGACAAACAAGGCAACACCGGCUGGGGAGCCGUUACAUACCAUGACUUCAAGAGAACCACGGCAUGCGGCCCCCUCGCCAACGCGGAGGUCUACGACGCCGAGGCGGUGGGCGCCUUCGAAGCUAUGAAGCUAGCCAGGACGCGCGCCCUUGCAAACCCGGACAUCCGAGAGAUUCUGCUUUUCCUGGACAACUCAGCGGUGGUGGAUGGAAUACUAGGGCCAACUCCCGCCUCAUCCCAAGGAGCCUACAUGGGGCUACGCCAAAUCGCCCAGAAACUACUCCCACGGGUUACCACGAGGGUGGCCUGGGUCCCAGGCCACAAAGACGUACUAGGAAACGAAGAAGCCGACCGACUGGCAAAGGAGGGUUCAGAACUCCCUUGCCUCUCGAGAAACUGCUCCACCAUCACCUUUAUCAAAAGGUGGGUGAAAAAGAAACGCAGGGAAAUACAGGACGCCGACUGGGAGAGCAACUACCCAGAGUCCUACAAGGCCGGCGGAUGGGGCCUUUAUAAAGCCCCCUCUAUGCCCCCUGAACUACAUCUCCCACGCCCGAUCCUACAUAGGCUGCUAGCCGAAAGGUCUGGACACGGGGACUUUACAGAAUACCACGAGAGAUUCGGACACGACGCCAGGCCCACCUGCAAAUGCGGGGAACCAAGGACACAAGGACACUUCGUAAAGUGCCGCAUGGUAGCCCCCUUCCUCCCCGACGUACCGGAGAGGGAGGCGCGCUUCGGAACCACCCAUAUCCAAUACCUCCUCGGUGACGGAGGGUAUAAGGACUUUCAGAAACUAGUGGAGGACACAAGCCCAUACGGCCCCCCCCCUACAGAAACAGACACGUAA